AGUAGUAGUGGUCGUAGUAGUGGUGUUUCCUUUUUGGCUCUAUCCGAAAACGGGCAAUCAAUUUUUUUUCCGGACAACACAAUAUUAAAAUAUUCUGAUUUUCAAAAAUCAAAAAUCACACGCACACACCCACUCACGUAAAUAACACACAUACACAUGUACGGUGCACAUUAUACAUCAUAUUCAUAUACACGCAUGUGUGAUAUUAUUACUGUUUUGUUUUUUUCAUUUUAAAAAUGAUAAACGUCCGAAUGGCGUAUUAAGUUUCACGAGGCCUUCGUCGUAAACACGUCGUCCCGGAGGCCGGAACAGUCGUGACCGGACCGCACGCGCCAGUCGACGUUCACGUCGAAUUUAUCGUACCACCGGUGGUUGUAUUUUGAAAGCUUUAUUCACAACUAUUUGGUGAUUAUAUAGCUCAAAAAGAUUUUAUUUCAGAAUAUAUUUCUUAAGGAGAUAUAGGUCGUAUACUGCUAUAACUUACAUGUCACUGUUGGAAGAAAUCCUUCCUUAUUUCGGUGAUUGAUAUUCAGAAAAUAAGAAUUGUCCUCUUCAGGCGCAAUGAAUCCUGCUGUUAAUAUUUCUAGUGUGCGAUACAGCAUUAGUGAUGAAUUAAAUGGAUCCUCAGAUAGGUUGGCUGCAACCAGAACAAGUAGGACCCGCUCAAGAAUUUUGGUCCAGAAUUUUGGACUUCUCUGAAGAUACAGACAGUAACGACGAUAAGUAUAGUACUGAAACUGUUCAAGAGGAAGAAGACGACGACAAAUAUUCGUUGCCGUUGGAUUGGAAAUUUGAUUUCUCUAUAGACGAUCAAGAAAUCAAGACUAGUAAUCUAUAUGAGCACGGCUUGUUCACAAAUAUAGCCAGUACAUACGACAUGAACAAAAUGCAAGCUCAUUACAUUGGCAAAUUUGGUGGGUGUCCAUGGAGACAUGGAAAAAGUUAUGACCGCCAACCAAUUUGCACCCUCCACAAAGAGAUAGAAGACUUUUUUGCGUAUAUGUCAGCCACACCAGAAGAGCAUAGCAUGCGGCUCGAUGUACUGGAACGUGUUACUAAUGUUAUACAUGCUGAAUGGCCUAAAGCUAAAGUUGAAGUAUUUGGUAGUUUUCGAACCGGACUUUAUUUGCCCACUAGUGAUAUGGAUCUGGUAGUAAUAGGUGAAUGGGAUACAUUACCAUUGCAUUCACUUGCUCAAGCUCUACUUAAAAAUAGUGUCUGUAAUGAAAACAUUCAGGUUCUUGACAAAGCAUCGGUUCCAAUCGUCAAAAUGACAGAUAAGGCUACUGAUGUUAGAGUGGAUAUUAGUUUUAACAUGAACAAUGGUGUCAAAUCAGCUGAAAUGAUAAAACACUAUAUGGAUGUUUUUCCAAUGCUUCCUAAACUUGUGUUAGUGCUAAAACAAUUUUUAGCACAGAGGGACAUGAAUGAAGUGUUCUAUGGAGGCAUAUCUUCUUAUAGUUUGAUCCUUAUGGUCGUCAGUUUUUUGCAGUUACAUCCUAGAGGAGAUUUAAAUUACCCCACUGCCAAUCUAGGUGUAUUGUUAAUAGAGUUCUUUGAACUUUAUGGCAAAAAAUUUAACUAUAUGCAUACAGCUAUACGUGUGAAAGAUGGUGGACUAUACAUAUCUAAAGACGAAGUCCAAAAAGACAUGGCUGAUGGUCAUAGGCCAAGUAUUUUGUGUAUAGAGGAUCCAUUAACCCCGGGAAAUGAUAUUGGUCGUGGUUCUUAUGGUGCUCUUCAAGUAAAAAGUGUAUUUGAAUAUGCAUUCACCACAUUAAAGGCUGCUCUUGACCCUCAAAUUGUUUCACCUAGUUUUAGUAUACUCGGACGAAUAGUACGAGUUAAUGACAAAGUUAUACUUUACCGGCAGUGGGUUAGAGAUACUUAUGCCUUACAAAAUACUCAAAGAGUGAUAAUUAAUAAUUAUUUGACCACUAGUAAUAUUAGUAACAAUGUUAGUGUGUCCACCACUACUAGUAGUAGAGCUUCUACAGUAUCUUCUGGUUCUGGAUCAGCUGAAUCUGACUCUGAGAGUAGUAUAGAGAAAUUAAGUGAUGCUGGCGACCACAAUGAUCAGAAUAGUAAUUACCAACCCAGGCGUAAAAAUCCACAUUAUCAUAGACAUAAUAGUUGGAAUAAUCAACAAAAUUAUCAAAUGAUUAACUCUGGUAAUCACCCACCUACACGAACUCAAAGAAUAAUAUGCACUAGUCCAGCUAAUAAUUACCAACAUCGUGGUUUCACAAACAACAAUUACAAUAAUAAUUAUAACCACCAUCAAAAUUACAGGCCAAACGCGGGCAAUAAACACCAGUAUACGGGAAAUUACCAACCAAACUUUGGUAAUUUCAUAUCACACAAACGGCAAAAACGAAAAAACCAAACCCAAGAUGUAAGAUAAAAUACGCGCGUCCAAUCUUAAAACUUAAAAAAAAUAAACGAGACAAAGUAAAUGAUAACUUAAAAUAUAAAAAAAAAUAAAAAAUAAAAUUCAAAAAAAAAUAACAAAAAUACCAAAAACGUAAAAAAAAAACCAUGAGGGUCGUCCUUUUUCGACGAUUUUUUUUUUCUUAAAUCUAAAACAAUCAUAUUUAUUAUAUAGAAAAAAGUAUAUUUAACAAAGUUAUAUAAAAUUAAUAAUUAGUUCUGAAAAAAUAUUUUAAAAUUAAAUUCAAAAAUAAAAAUUGCGUUUGCUUUUUUUUUUUGAAAAAAAAAUUAAUAUAAUUAAAUAGAACUAUACAGCGAUUUUUUAUGAAGCUGUCAAUUUUUUUUUUAAAUAUUCACAUAAUUUUUUUUUUAUUUAUUUGUACAUUUGAAAAUGUCUAAGUUAGAAGACAAAUUCAUUCAACUCGGUUAACAUCCUGUUGGUCCCGCGGUAUACAUAUAUUUAUAUAAUUUUUUUUCAUAUGUAUAUAAUGAAUAUAUUAAAAUAUAUGUGUUAUAUAAAAGCAUAUGCUCCACUUAUGUAGUUAAAUCGUCACUGCCACAAAAUGCAUUGAAAAAAAAUAAAAGAACUGUGGCGUUAACAUUUUAAAUCGCGCGCGUCAAAGCCCACUGUGUUCCUAGUCAUUUUUAUAAUUAAAUUUUAAUUUACAUGUAAAUUUGUAGUUGUAAAACAAAUAUUAUUAUUUAAUAUUUAUUAUAAGAGUGCAAAUAAAUUGAAAGUUAUUUAUGUACGGACACGCUGUCUUUCAAAAACUAAUAAACGCAUCAACGUGGAAACAUGUUCAUAGGAGCUUAUUUUCGUCUUUACUUAAUGCUAAUACUGAGUGCUAUGUACAAGUUGUUUUGGUUUUUUUUCUCUUUCUUUUGUUAGCAUUGUUUAGAUAUAAGCGUGAAGUAUGAAAAGUUUACGGAUUGUUACUAUGUUCAUAAGUGUUACUUUACUACAAUGCACUGCGUUGUUCUCACACCGUCAUGAAAAUUAAUAAUUUAUAUUUUUCAUAUAUAUGUAUGUGUAUAUUUUAUUUUAUACAUAUUCAUAUAUAUGUAUAUGCAUGUGUAUAAGGAAGAACACCAAUAACAUUGUUUAUUCGGUGAAGUGUAAAUAGAUGUUAGAUUAUGAUUUAUGACGCACAGGUAUCCCAACGCUGUGUAUGAGUAGUAAGCAACUAUAGUUACUAUGGAGACUGUUAUCUAUGUCGCCAGAUUAUGUAAAAAAUGUAUAUUUUUUUUUUGAAAGGUAUAAAUAAUACGUUUUGUUUUAUUA